AUGGCACCCUCACGGACAUCUACAGUGAAAUCCAAGCAUGCGUCGAACAAGUCUGGGAUUAAGAACAGCAAAUCUAGUACCAGGCCGCAGAGCGACGGAGUCUCGAAGAACAAGAAACCGAGGAGCAAAGGCCCGCCUCCGAAACCACAGAAGAGCGCCGGGAAUCUGGCGACGCUGAAAAAAAAGAGGAGAGUCUACACUGAGAAGGAGCUGGGGGUACCGGCCCUGAAUAUGAUUACGCCCAUCGGAGUCGAGAAGCCUAAGGGCAAAAAGAAGGGCAAGGUUUUCGUGGAUGACCGGGAGAGCAUGAUGACAAUUCUUGCAAUGGUCAAUGCCGACAAGGACGGCCAGAUCGAGAGCAAGAUGAUGAAGGCCAGGCAGAUGGAGGAAAUUCGCGAAGCGAGGAAGGCCGAGUCGGAAAAACGACAGGAGAUGCGCAAGGCGAAGCUGGACGAGACAAAGGAGGGCAUGCGCAAGAAGAGAAAGAGGUCGUCUGGCGACGAGAAGGGCAACAUAUCGAGCGAGGCGGCUAUGGGAACGAAGCCGCUGAAGUUGAAGAAGAAGAAAAGCGUUUCCUUUGGUUGA